AUGGCACAUAAAAGCACUGUCGAUACCAGUAAUGGAAGUUGGGGAUCUUGGACUCGAAGGGCAUCCCAAGUUCUAUCUCACUGGCCGGCCAAUAAACCCCAUUUCAUUGCCGAUGCAGUUAGCACCCCAGUUUUAGGUGCAGGAGCUACCACCGAAACACAUUUGAGCCCACCAGACCCAAAUGAAGUUAUCCAGAGACUGGAGAGGAACGCUGGCAGCAUGGGCAGUAAGGAGGUGGGAGUCACUAUGGCAGCAGCCGCGCUGGGGAUCCGCAUGAUGGUAAACACUCGUGCUCUUGUUCUCCAGGCAGCUUCAGAGAAUAGCGAGGUCUCAGAGGCCCUAAACAAUCUGGUUGUAGCGUAUGUUCUGGCCGAUUGGGCAUCAGUCGCUAGUCUGCUUGGAGACACUGAGUAG